UUCGGCAAGUCACGUGUGGUGGGGUAAAGUGUGCGUGUUGCCACCUGUUCUUAAAUGGCUUGUCAGCGUGGGCAGGCGAUUACAAAGAAUAGAAAUCUAACAAAAUUGCAAGUGAAAAUGAGUCGGGCUAAUUGUGUAAUACGACAACUAAAAAAUAUGUAUGCAUGUAUGUUGAACUUCUUUCGCACCAGCACGUAGCCAACCGUGCUAAUCAGAGGUGCGGGGGAAAGUACAGCAAACUAAACACAAAAAUCAGUUCUACAGAAACGCGUUUUCAACAUAAAGUGCAUAGCUUCCAGAGGCUUCCCAAUAUCGGAAGGAAGAGCGUUCCAGAAGGCCGCAGAAGCGCGUCUGAAAGCGCGCGAUGCGGUGACCGCCGCUGUUGUUCGAUGGCGAGUAGCCAGAAGCCGCUGCUGCUGCUGCUGCUGCGAGGAUGACCGGCGUUAGCGUGACGGUGGCUUCUACUCCUUGACGAGAUCAGCGAGGUAUUGCGGUUCAUUUGUGGCAAGGUGAACGAAUAAGCAAAUCGGUUGUCCCUUAUCCUUUUAUGUGAUGUGUAAUGCUAAGGUAGCAGCCCUGCAAUUCCUCACGCUGCUGCUGCUAACAAAAGGGCCUCCACUACAGGGAUUUUAACGUGGUUUUUUUGCCACAAACAUAUUUUUUUAAAAUAAUCAAACAGGCACGUUCUGUGAUGCUUGAAUCAAUAAACAAAGAUGAUAAAGAUUAAUAAUUAUCGACGGAGCAUACAAACGAAAAGUUUGCACACAAGCAGGCAUGGUCAUCGGAGUCACCGUGUGCCCUUUCUGUUACUUAUCAAUCAUUGGGCAAACAAUGGCUCCUGUAUAAAGGAGACAACAGAUCUCCCAGCAGAGCAAGAAGUGAGCCCUAGCUGCAGGGCCUGUCAGGACGAGCGCUGCAGACGUGUGCGUGUAGACAUUGCGGUCGCCACCACGAGAGAAAUGAAGUGGUUUUGGAUCUUGUGUCUCGUGCUGCCGCUCACAGCGGCAGAAGACCUUUCUCUCGUCGGUCAACCAGAAAAUGACUACGAUACCGGGGAUGACGAUACGGCCGCCGACCCCGACAGCAAUAACACCGCCGCCGCGUUGGACGUGAGGGGAGUGAGGCCCCUGCCGAGUGGCACCAGGGUGAGGAGGCCACCGCUGCCGCCACCGGCGUCUGGCUCCGGGCGCCGUUAUGAGCCGCGACCCACCAGCGUCCCCAAGGCCGGCCAGGAGGCCCAGAAGGCGAUCCGCGACGAGGGGGGCUGCAUGCUGCCCGAGAGCGACCUGGGUGUGCUCUGCCCAACGGGCUGCGAGCUGCGCGAGGAGCUCCUCAAGCAGCGCGACCCGGUGCGCUACAAGAUCUCCAUGCUCAAGCAGAACCUCACCUACUUCAUCAAUAGCUUCGACCGCAUGGCCUCCGACUCCAACACGCUCAAGCAGAACGUGCAGACGUUGCGCAGACGCCUCAACUCUCGAAGCAGCACCCACGUGGACGCGCAGAAGGAGAUCGAGAACCGCUACAAGGAGGUGAAGAUCCGCAUCGAGUCAACGGUGGCCGGCUCGCUGCGCUCCAUGAAGUCCGUGCUGGAGCACCUGCGAGCCAAAAUGCAGCGCAUGGAGGAGGCCAUCAAGACGCAGAAGGAGCUGUGCAGCGCGCCUUGCACCGUCAACUGCCACGUGCCCGUCGUGUCCGGAAUGCACUGUGAGGACAUCUAUCGAAACGGUGGCCGCACAAGCGAAGCGUACUACAUCCAGCCGGACCUCUUCUCGAAGCCCUACAAGGUCUUCUGCGACAUGGAGAGCCACGGAGGAGGCUGGACGGUCGUCCAGAACCGAGUGGAUGGCAGCUCCAACUUCGCAAGAGACUGGAACACGUACAAGGCUGGAUUUGGAAACAUUGCCUUCGAUAACGGGAAGUCCAUCUGCAACAUUCCAGGCGAGUACUGGCUGGGCACGGAGACCGUUCACCAGCUGACUAAGCAGCACACGCAGCAGGUGCUGUUCGACAUGAGCGACUGGGAGGGCAGCAGCGUGUACGCUCAGUACGCCAGCUUCCGGCUGGAGAACGAGGCGCAGGGCUACCGCCUCUGGGUGGAGGAUUACAGCGGGAACGCGGGCAACGCGCUGCUGGAAGGAGCCACGCAGCUCAUGGGCGACAACCGCACCAUGACCAUCCACAACGGCAUGCAGUUCAGCACGUUCGACCGAGACAAUGACAACUGGAACCCCGGCGAUCCAACCAAGCACUGCUCGCGCGAGGACGCUGGUGGUUGGUGGUACAAUCGCUGCCAUGCGGCCAAUCCCAACGGCCGCUACUACUGGGGCGGCAUCUACACCAAGGAGCAGGCGGACUACGGCACGGACGACGGCGUCGUGUGGAUGAACUGGAAGGGCUCCUGGUAUUCUAUGCGCCAAAUGGCCAUGAAGCUUCGACCCAAGUGGCCCUAGCCGUUUUUCUGUCAAUUAAAAAAAAUACUCUCAAGAGCCCUUUCGAUGCGUUGACAGGUUGUUCCACGUCUUUGUCGGCAUGACCCCAAAAAACAUCGGAGAACCAUACAGCACAACCUUGAAAACCUACGUAGAAGCAUGCUUUCAUAAGGCCCCACGAAAUUUGCAUGGGAUUCUUUUUUUAAAAAUCAGUUCGAACUUCCAUCAGAAUUAUUGUGUUCUUUGAUAGGGUACAGGACCGUUCUGGUUUGCUGCAGGGUUUUGGAGUUGUAGAAACUGAAUGCAUAGAAUUAUAUUGUGGGAUAUGAUUAAAAUGUGGCCGUCAAUGAGAUACUGAGUAUGUCAAUUUGAUGUGACAAGUGAGGAAGCUGUCCACAAUUAUGUAGGCUAAAACAAAGAGUGCAGUGAGUAAAACUAACAAUCAUGCCUUGUUUCCCACAGAGCCAUCUCUGUUGCAUUUUGAAUUCCUAUUAAAAAUAACGCUUACAUCAAAAGUUAAAAUAAAUCAAUACAAAAGGGCUUUGUUUGGAGUUGUACUGUCAGCGCCUUGAAAAAUAAUGCAUUUUAAAUUAAGUGUUAAAAGAAAGCCAGUGCAUUUCUGUUCUAUUUGACCUAUUUCCAAGGGAGGUUCCCCCCCCCCCUCCCCCAGAACAAUGUCUUAACUUUAUCAAAAAAACAAUGAAAAUAAAAAAUAAAAAGUUGAAGGUAUUUUCUUCCAUGGCUGUAUACAUUGACUGAGGCUGUUUGAAAUUAAUGAGAGUGACUUCAAACACCAAUAAAAAAUGAGCACUUGUUUAUGCUCCAUAAGCUUA